AUAGUAAACAACAAAGAAGAGUUGAUGUUCCUGACAGAUGAAAAUGAAAACACACCCUUUCAUUUUGCAACAUUCAUUGGUUACGUGGAAGGUGUUCGUCAACUUUUGAACAAAUCCACCCUUGUCGCCUUUCAACGAAACCAACGAAGUAAUCUUCCAAUUCAUUUUGCUUGCGCUAUGGGCCAUGUUCGGGUGGUUGAAGAAUUGCUACGCGUACAAGGGCCUUGUACCAGUUUCUGGCUCAAUAAGAAAGGUCAAAACAUUCUUCAUGUUUCUGCAAUGUGCGGUCAAAACAAGAUGGUAAAAUACCUAUUGAAACACCCAAAGAUCCAUUCCAAAACUAUCAAUGAGAAAGAUCUAAAUGGAGACACCCCACUGCAUCUGGCUUCAAAAUAUUUGCAUGUUUGGACUCUAUUCCAUCUAUCACAAGACAAGAGAAUAAAUGUGAACCUUGUAAAUGACCAAGGUUUGACAGCUAGAGAUAUUGUCCGAAGGCAGAGUAAAUUUCCAAGGACUCGUAUAGAGUUUGUAGCAUCCAAGAUUUUAAAAUUUGCUGGUGGCUCGCUUAAACAAAUUAAGCGGGGACCAAAACCUGUGGCCAAUAAAGAAUGGAAUGUGAACGAUGGGGCCAACACACUCAUAAUUGUGGCCGUACUGGUAGCUACGGUGACGUUUGCAGCUGGUUUCACAGUACCAGGUGGAGUACACAGUUCGGAUGACUCAGUCCCUAAAGAAAGAGGCAUGGCGGUGUUGACAGAUCAAACCCUGUUCAAAAUAUUUAUGACUUUCAACACCAUUGCUAUGUAUUGCUCCACUUUCGGUUCUAUUAUUCUUCUUUGGAGGCAUCUGGGUGAUCGUCGACUUUCAAUACGAGCGUAUCGUAUCUCUAAAAUUUUUGUCCAACUGGCUCUUGGAACCAUGCCAGUGGCAUUUAUGGCCGCCAUACGUUUGACUGUCAGUAAUAAUAGCUUGCUUGCAGAUCUUACAAGUAUCAUUGCGUUCAUCUUCAUUUCCCUUAUACUACUACUUCGCAUUUUAGCAUGUUUUCCUUUUGGAAUGCACCUUCCAGUUUUCUAUCAAGUUAGAAAACUUCUUCUUUGGAUUAUUAUUACUUUAUUAUGUGGGACUAAGGAUGGUAGAGUUUAUGAUGUUGAUGAAAUCCAACAAGACGAUGAAGCCGGUAGGGCCAACACAGUCAACGCCACGCAAGGGAAGAACCGUGUCACAUAGCGUCCCUUGUGCCGAUGAUCACCCUGGUAUUAUUGUAGAACCCAGUCGAUGGCUUUCUCAGUAAUUAGGUAAUUAAAGUUUUGGUCAACUCUUCAGUUCAUUUUGUUUUGGAUACAUUCUUCAAUAUAAGAAGGCAUUGCAAAUUAAAAAUGUUCUUUGGUCAGAACAUCAGCACAGCAAGUUUGAAGAGAGAGUUGAGCUCACAAUCAAGUAUCUAGUCCAAUUAUUGUGAAUAAUAGUAAACUUUUUUAUUAA